UAUGUGUUGGAUAUUUCCAUAUUCUCAUCAACUAGUCAAAUGUAAUUUAUAAAUAAUAGGAUUAUAAACAAACAAUAACUGAAUUUUGUUAUUAUAUUAUUAUUAUUACAAAAUGGAAAUACUUCCAGGUAGAUGGUGGUUGUCUAGAUUGCAUUAAGAAUAUAGUUGUUUUUGUAAAUUUGUUCGUUUUUCGGUGUUUUAUCGUAGAUAAGAAAAUGGAGGGUGUUAAUGCUAAUUUUAAGAAAGGUCCUGGGCUUUAUGAAUUUUUAGUGGAAGCUGAACUCCAACAUUAUUUCAAUAGUUUCAAAAAUAAUUUGAAAAUAACACACCCCUCACAGCUAAAAUUCACUAUAGAAGGAGAUUUGAUAGAGAUGGGAAUGUCAAAACCAGAAAUUAGGAGGCUACGAAAAUAUUAUGAGAAGCACUUUCCACAUAACUAUCUAUCAAAAUUUAAAAAACUGCUUACUCAGAAAAAACAAGAAUACUCAAAUACCGAAUCCUGCCUCUUAAAUAAUGCAGAUACCAUGACUUUAUCUAGAGCACCUAAAAUGUCCAGCAAACAUAUAAUACCAGCUGCCAGUAUUUCUAUAAACAAAGAGUUAGGUAUGGGGGAGUUUGGCGUUGUGCAACAAGGGGUCUGGUGUAAUGAGGGAGAAAGAAUACAGGUUGCAAUAAAGUGUUUAUCGAAGGAUAGAAUGCAGAGCAACAUGGUAGAGUUUCUUAAAGAAGCAUCAAUAAUGCACAAUAUAGACCAUCCGAAUAUUGUUAGAUUUUUUGGAGUUGUCCUACCAAAUAUUGAAGGUAGUUUGAUGUUAGUAACCGAAUUAGCUCCUCUGAGGUCACUCUUGGAAUGUUUGAAAGAGCCAUCUCUCAGAUCUAGUUUUCCUGUAUUGACUUUAUGCGAUUUUGCCUAUCAGAUUGUAGAUGGUAUGACAUAUUUAGAGGCUAAUAGAUUGAUUCAUAGAGAUUUAGCAGCAAGAAAUAUCUUGGUAUUCUCUAAAAAUAAGGUAAAAAUUUCCGAUUUUGGAUUGAGUCGUGCAUUGGGACAAGGAAAGGACUACUAUCAGACUAAUUUCAAUGUUAAUUUGAAAUUACCUAUUGCUUGGUGUGCACCAGAAUGUAUAACAUACCUUCGCUUCACAUCUGCAAGCGACGUUUGGGCUUUUGGAGUUACCCUCUGGGAAAUGUUUUCCUAUGGUUUCCAACCUUGGGCUGCCUUAACAGGACAACAAAUAUUAGAAGCAAUAGAUGAACCAAAUUUUCAAAGAUUGGAACAACCAGAGUGCUGUCCUCUAGAUCAUUAUAAUCUAAUGUUAGAUUGCUGGAGACAUGAAGCUUCACAAAGACCUAGAUUUGCUGAUAUUGGGCCAAUUUUAGCAGAAUAUAGACCAGAACAAGUUCAAACAAAACUAGCCGCCUCAGAAGGACCUCAUAUGCUUUCUUUCAGAAUCGGAGAUGUUAUUACAGUUUUAGAUAAAAAAACACACAGUCCUUUGUGGAAAGGAAUUACUGUAAGUGGAAAAACAGGCCUGUUUGAUCCAAGCAAUUUAGUUACUUACUUGGGAAAUGAUCUACCGAGUUCCUCUUUUCUAAGAACGGAGAGCACCAGAUCUUCUCAAAGGCGAAAACUAAGAAGUGAAAUGAUUAGUGCACCUCAGGGAGAUUUCAAGCAUACCGGACAUGUUGGUUUGGAUGGAGCUUAUUUUGGUGAUUUAGGAUUUUUGGGAGGUUCUAAAGGAAAUUAUAGUUCUGUACCAACACAAGUUGUUGCCCCAUAUAGACCGCAUAAAGAUCUGGAAGCUGCUCCAUUGCUAGAAGAUCAUAUACCUACCCCUGUGCCACUUCAAGACCAUGAAUACCAUGAAAUCAGCGAUGAAGAAACUUCUCAUAGUCCACAUUUAGAUCUUGGUCCAUCACUUCUUGCAGAGAUGGAAAUGAUGUUCACUUCUUUGGGACAGCAACACAUUUCCAAUGAUCAUGAGGGAUCUAAUAGGAGUAAUGAACUUAGGGAAAAACUAAACAGCACAAAGAAAAAACAGGCUACAAUCAAGCCCAUAUCUGCUCAUGACCAGAAAACAUUGGAUACAGCUAUUGCUUUGGCCAAUGAAAUAACAACUAGGUCGAUGUCUGCUCCUGCUCCUACGACUCCAGCAUCUCCAAACAAAAAGAAAUUCAGUUUCAGAUUUCCUUCUGUAUCGGAUUCAGAUAAACAUGUAGAAAAAAGGAAUUUUUCUGAAGAAGCAUUGUCUACAUCUGAUUUGCAGUCGAAGGUUACACAGGAAGCUCAGCUUGCAUACCAGGAACUUGUGGAAAAUCCCAAUAGUGACGUUCCUCAGUUGAUGGUUACCAAUCCUCUUCGUAUAAUUAGAUCAGGACAACUUCCUGUUGUUAACAAUACUCGCGUUAGAUCUGCAAGCGUGACAAGUACACUUCCACCUAAAAUGAGUGAUAUAGCUAGAAGUUCUAUUCCAGAAAACUUAAAUGGAAAUCCAAAAGAUCAAUUACCACAACAAACAGCCACUUUAGGAAGACAUUCAUUGAUGAGAAGUAACAGUUCUUAUUCUGAACAGAACAAUUCAUCAAAAGAAGAUAAUCCUAUUCCGUUACCACCAAGAGAUAAAAGUAAAGCUCUUCUAACUUCCAAACCUAGACAUACUCGAAAACAUCCAUUAAUAAUUCCUCCAACAAGCUUUCAAACCACUCUUGAUAAAGUGAAUUGCACUGCAAAACCUCCGAUUUCACAAACAAACCCAUUUGUUAGGACUAAAUCUGAACCUGUAUACUCUAACAAUGUACAAGGUGUGAUAGAAAAAAACACAGAUUCAGUUCAUUUCGAAGAGCAGAUUGAAUCAAAUUUAAAUGCUCUCGAUGAAAUACCAUCAGAAAUAGAUGUGGUGGAUGGAGUUUGUGAUGAUUUUGCAAGAAUUAAAACUGAAGAAGAUGGAAGUUUGACUCAUCAUGUAAGUUGUGAGGAUUUGCUCAAGUUUGCCAACACAAAACCGCUGUCAAGGACCAGAGGAAAUGAUUCUGAUGAAGUGAGAAUAAUGUCUAAAGUAUUAGGAAAGAAUGUUAGUACUGAAAAAUGCUUGGAGGCUCUGGAUCAUUCGAAUUGGGAUGUUAUGAGGGCCAUUAAAAUUUUGAAAUUGCAAAAUGUGGUUAGUGCUGAUCUAAGAACUUGUUAUAAUGCUCUUGAAAAUUCAACUUGGGACGUUGCUAAAGGAGCUCAGUAUAUUUUGCUACAAGAUGGUGAAGUUACUCAAGUAUAAACAAUUGAUUCUCUUUAUACUUUUGACAAUAUUCUUCUUGCCAUGAAGAGUUUUUCUUGAAAGCUUUAAAAAUUAGAAUUAAUUACUUUUGCUGGUCCACUAAAUACUCGUUGAUAAACUAAUUGUUACACUCAGUUCAACAAUUCAUAUGUAUCCAGUAAUGAAUUUAUUAGAUUAAGAUAAAUUAGAUUUCUUCGUAUGUUUACUUUUUGAAAUCAUCACUAUUGAAUUGAAAAAAAAAAUUCUGAUUAUGGAGACAAUCAUCAAGCAAUAAAUUUGUCUAAUUUUUUUUGUAAUAGUGGAUCAGUAAUGACUAUAUUUCUCAUCCAUUUUAUAAUUAUAUAUAUAUUAUUUGAGCUAUCCUCUUUUUGAAACCAAAGCAAUUUUGAUCAAAUGUCAAUAUGAUACAUUUUUCUACUGCAAGCACACAUUAAAAUAGUAUAUGCAGUUUGAAAAUUUUGGAGCUACUUUAUAUUUAACUUAUUAUGUACUUACUAUACCUAUUAUUGUGCCCAAAAAAUGAGUUCCUGAUAUUUAUAUCAUUUGAAAUCUAAUGUACAUAGUUUCCAAAUCUAUACUCUUCAUUCAUUUUUUAUUUAAAACAUAUAAAGCCAGAUCUAUUUAAGUUAUUUUGACUAUUUAGUUGAGUUGCUUCGAGAGAAUCUCAAUUAUAUUUUUGUCUGACUGUAUGUUAAAUUUUAUACUAUCAACCAUUCUCAAAUAGUUAUGUUACUAACAUAUUUUUUAUUGUAAGUAUUUAUAUUAUCUAUAUUAAAAUUUUAUACUCA